AUGAAAGUACAUUAUUCUUAUAAUUAAUAGUAUUAUCAAAUACAGUUGUGUCGUGGAUCAGGUAAAUAAUUGGAAACGUGAUAGCACUAGAAUCUUUCAAGAACUGAGAUCAUCGACACAUCAGCUGCUGUCAGCCACUAACUGUGGUCGGUGCACUUUUUUUAAUCGAUCGAGUUUCGAUUUCUGUUCAACUUUCGAUGCGGCGGCAAAUAUAGAUUUGUAAAGAUAAACCGGUCGCGACACACAAGAUACGCUGUUAUUCUAAGCUCGUUUGUUUUUAGCUAGUUCAUUGCGGUGAGUUAGGCAUAUACAAGUCGAGCUCCAAGUGCAAUGGACAGCACAGUGAAGUCUAAGGUCGUGUUCGUUGUAACGACUGCGAAAAUCUUCAUGUGGCAAGAUAUUCACCAAGAAAACUCUCAUCGAAGAGGACUUCCGCGUAGUAAUCUUCAUCGAGUAUCCAAGCAUGGAUUAUAUUGCUAUUGCAAUCAUACUAUUGGAAUUGAUGCUGGAAGCCUCAGGGCUAUUUUCAAGUGUCGAUUGUCCACCUGAAUUACGACGAGAAAUAGCAACUCUAGGAGAUUCACAAUCGCUGCACUUAGACUGCACUAUGCAGUUAUUAUGCAAAAAUCCUUAUCAGGAUGAUUCACCGUGUCCAUUAGGAUAUUUCUACGACGAUUCUGCUAGUUAUGACUGCAUACCUGAGAACGAGACAACGUGUGAGGUCAAGUUUAAGGUCACUGUUGUACAGAAUUUCAAUAUAGAUCAGGAUGAAGUCGGUCCAUGUGCAUUAUCCCAGGAUCCUGGGUACCCUGCACUUUUAUCUCAUCCUGACAACUGCAGUAUGUUUUAUAAGUGUGACUGGGGAUCAGCUAUACUGUUCGAAUGUCCAGAAGAACUGCACUUCAAUUCUGAACUUCAGGUGUGCGACUGGCCCUGGCAGGCACGAUGUGAUUCAUCCUGGACAAGAUGUCCCAGGCCUCAACCAAGAUGCCCAGCCCAUCAUACACGUCCAAUUUAUUUACCUCAUCCAUAUUUAUGUGAUCAUUUCUAUCAGUGCAAUUGGGGAAAUCCGCUUUUGCAGACCUGUCCUGCAGGCCUUCACUUUAAUCCUCGACUGAACGUCUGCGAUUGGCCUUAUAAUUCAAAAUGUAAAGUAUGUUAAUUUUUAAU